AUGUACCCUUCUUCUUCCUCUUCUUCUUUUGGCAAAAGGCUUCAUCCUUCUCGCCUCCGGCUCCUUUCUAAACACCGCCCUGCCCCUCUGAAGCCAUGCCUCGCCGCCUCUGACCGGGACUCCAACCCCUCUGAGGAGCCUCACGUCCGGAAGACUCGGUUCCUCUCCAAGCUUCCUGGAAGCGAUGGACGUCAGUACGAACGCCAUUCCCAGUGGAUGAGCGUUGUCCGUGCUCGUCAACUCGCCGCUGCGUAUUCGUCCCAGCCACGUGCUCCGCGAUCCGCACCUUCCUCCGAUGAGUCUACCUUCGACAUGGCUUCCCUGAAGGACACCCUGCCUGAGCCUGCCUCCGAUAGCUCACCGCAUGGGUCUGACUUCGACAUGUCCUCCCUGACCGAUGCCUUGCCGGACCCGAAUGACACCUUCGACAUGCGCUCGCUGAUGGAUGCCCUGCCUGAGCCUGAUGGUUCACCACGUGGGCUUGCCUCCGACAUGUCCUCCCUGAAGCGUGCACUUCCCGACCCUGAUACUCCCUCUGAAGUAUCAUCAUCCCUUGCACCUGCUCCCAAGUCUGUGGUUGCUCCUCACUCCCCCGAUGUACCUGCAGAGGUCCGUACACGUGCGGUUCACACCCGCGUCCAGGUUGGCCCCUUCUCUGCCACUUAUUUCUACGACCUCUGUGGGCUCUGCCUUGUGUUGGGGUUCUGCUUCCCAUACCUUGUACCAGCAUUCUAUGCUGCGCUUGUGCUCCUGUUCGCUUAUGGGAUGUACUUCUUCUGA